CUUUUCAUUACAGGUGCAAUUCCUAAAAGAUACAACCUGCUUGGCAAACGAGGAAGAGAACCUGCUUGACUCAGAGAACAGAGUGUUCUGGCAGUCCCGCAUGGUAGAGAGGACCCGCAAGCAAACGGCGGGUGCUGUUUACCCUGAAGAAGCGAGUGUGUGUGCUGGAAAGCGCUGACCGCUCUAAUGGAUCGCAUGGAGCUGCAAAAAGUCAACAUCGAACUUGAUGAUCAGAGCAACAGUGGGGAAAGCCUUGAAGACAACUACACAGAGCUGGUUGAUUCAGAAAAGGCUGCAAUUAGGAGUCCAUUUGCUAGUGAUGAUGCAGAAAGUCAGAAGUUCCUUACAAAUGGAUAUCUGGGUAAAAAGAAAUUGGAAGAAUAUAAUGAAGAAUAUCACCGAGGGAGAGCUUCCUUUGGGAUGUCCUCAUUCAACCUCAGCAAUGCCAUUAUGGGCAGUGGCAUCUUAGGGCUCUCCUAUGCCAUGGCCAACACAGGAAUUAUCCUUUUCAUAAUUUUGUUGCUCAGCGUAGCAAUACUGUCACUCUACUCGGUCCACCUCUUACUGAAGAUAUCAAAAGAAGGAGGAUCACUAAUAUAUGAAAAACUGGGAGAAAAGGCAUUUGGCUGGCCUGGGAAAUGUGGUGUUUUCAUUUCAGUUACAAUGCAGAACAUUGGAGCAAUGUCAAGCUACCUCUUUAUUAUUAAAUAUGAACUUCCUGAAGUGAUCAGAGCAUUUAUGAAACUUGAGGAGAGUUCUGGAGAAUGGUACCUAAAUGGGAACUACCUCGUCAUACUCGUAACAGUUGGGAUUAUUCUUCCCCUCUCCCUUCUAAAGAGUUUAGGUUAUCUUGGUUAUACAAGUGGUUUUUCGCUGACCUGUAUGGUUUUCUUUGUCAGUGUGGUAAUCUUCAAGAAAUCCCAAAUACCCUGUCCUCUCCCCAUCAUGGACCAUGGGGCUGAAAACUGGACUGCUAUCAACAACACAGUGCCUAUGCACUUGGUCAUGUUACCAAAUGAGUCUUUCAGUUAUGAUGUGAAUUUCAUGAUGGACAACACAGCUGGGCACUUUCCAGGCCUCGAGGAGCCAAAAGAUACCUCCUCCAAAAGUGGUGUAGAAUAUGAAGCACACAGUGACAGUAGUGACAUGUGUCAGCCAAAAUACUUUGUGUUCAACUCACGGACUGCCUAUGCAAUACCCAUCCUGGCAUUUGCAUUCGUAUGCCACCCUGAGGUGCUACCAAUAUACAGUGAACUGAAAGAUCGUUCCCGAAAGCGGAUGCAGAAUGUCUCAAAUAUCUCCAUCACUGGCAUGCUUGUCAUGUAUCUUCUGGCUGCCCUCUUUGGAUACCUUACCUUCUACGGAGAAGUUGAAGAUGAACUACUUCAUACAUACACUAAAGUGUACACCUUCGACACACUCUUGCUGUCAGUUCGCCUGGCAGUGCUGGUGGCUGUAACCCUGACCGUGCCCCUUGUCCUUUUUCCUAUCCGUUCAUCUAUCAGUGCACUGCUGUUUCCCAAAAGGCCAUUCAGCUGGAUAAGACAUUUCCUGAUUGCAGCAGUAAUUCUUGCUUUUAAUGACCUGCUUGUAAUUUUUGUCCCAACUAUUAAAGAUAUCUUCGGAUUUAUUGGUGCCUCUUCUGCCACAAUGCUGAUUUUCAUCCUACCUGCUGCCUUCUACCUGCGGCUUGUUGAGAAGGAGCCCCUGAGGUCUCCCCAGAAGAUUGGGGCUCUAAUUUUUCUCAUAGUUGGCAUAAUCUUCAUGAUUGUGAGUAUGACUCUUAUUGUAAUGGACUGGAUUUACAAUCCCCCAAGUUCCAGACAUCACUAACCUGUGGAGACAAGCAAGUGCUUUUUAUACCAUAAAUAUUUGUAUUGUGUGCUCCGAAGGACACUUAAAUGGGACUGUUAUUCCUACCUAGUAACUGCAGUAUUUUGAAGACAGUUUCUGGUAAGGUCACUAGAACCCAAUGGAGUCUACAUCAUCCUUUUCACUAAGGAUCGCUAUUUAUGCAUUAGGAACCUGAGCUUAGCAUUUCUGGCCAGGUGAAAUGAAAUGUGUGAUGUGGAUGCUUUCUAUUUUCAAAACUAAAAUAACUGUGUACAUAGUCCUCAAAAAUAGCUUGGUGUCACCCUUCUCAACCUCUCCCAUCAUGCUAAUAACCACAGUUCCUAGAGCCCUGGAAAGGUAAUGGCCUGAACAUCAGCUAGUGCCUUGUUUUCUGUCUGAAGCUCCUGGGAGCGGCUGCCCAGCUCCAAGAGAAAGGGUACAGUUUCUGUAGGGGAUCUGAAAGGUGACUGCUCCCUACCAACAUGUCUAUCAGAAAGAUGAUGGCUUUGACAAGCUAGUGGACAAAACUGAGCAUGAGAUUUGUUCCCCAAAUUCAUCUCCCUUGGCAGGUGAUGGCUGUUGUACAAAAUAAAGCUCUCUAGCACAGAUCACAGGCAUGUGCUUGAAGAACAGUUGAGUAUUCACAUUUCGUUGUUAAAGAUGCCUGUGCUGGAAACGUCAGGCAUUUCUGCGGUGGGUUUUUUUUGGUUUUCUUUACUUUUUUAAUUCUUGUGUGAGCUUGCAUCACUGAACAAGUUGUAUCCUCCAUAGAAACUUGUCUUCCAUUCUCACGGGAAUUUAAGGAGACCACAAGGUGUGCCAAAGCACCCUAUCCAGUAUUGUUCUGUACUUGUAUAUUUGAUAAAUGUUCAGUGCAGGAAACUGUAAUUUGCUAUAUAUAAAAAUAUAUGUAUUUAUGUAUCAUAAUUUUUUGUUUUCCUCCAGUUAUAAAAAUGUUACCCUGUGGUAAAUGAUUUUUGAAAUUUUUUUAUGUGUCACUCUGGUUUCAUAGCCACACACUUAAUACUGUUUUGAAGAAAACAUAUUGGAUUGGUGGGUUUGUAAAAGGUUCAUUUUUAUUCAGCAGUGUUUGAAAUAUACCUGUAGCAAGCCCUAACGGUUACCUGUGUAAAAACACAUUCAGAUGUUUACUACUUAUGUUACAAUAAAUUGCAAGAUGUUUUCCUCUUGAGAAUUUUUAAUACAUGCCUCAAAGAUCUGUAUUACCACUGUAUACCAUAAACUUAGGUAACUUGCUCAGUUGCUGUACCUUAGCUUGUCUAUGCAUAUGCUUGCAUUCAACAACAUAUAUAAUUAAGGUAUGCAAAGGAAAAGACAUUACUGACAAUCUCAAGUGUAUCGUUAUGCAGCUGUGCAAGACAGGAAAAAAAAAAAAAACAAACUUAAGUUCCAUGUUAUAUGGAUGCUUAAUUAACACUCAC